AGGCCUACUGGAUCUGCGUAGUAUGGCGUUGCUACAAAUAUUUAACCCUGCGACAACAAUCUACUCGCAGCACUGUCCAUUACAUCAUUCCAGAAACUGGAGAGGGUACUUCCGGCAGGCGCGGACGUCAUCCGUCUGACCCAGAUUACCUCUUCGAUCAGGAGGCUGCAUUCGGGGGAUUCCCUGGGCCGUCAAGCAAACCCCGCCGCCUAGUUACAGGGAUGUUGUGGGAGAUAUGCCUCCACCAUAUCCAGCUGAACUAGUCGGCGUCGGGCCUAGUGUUGCUGCAGCUACAAUGGCAGCGGCUGCCGCAGCUUCGUCCUCUGCAACCGUUGAAAGUGAAACAUCCCAAGCCGCCAGAACUGAUACUACCAACUUGGCCCCGGCCGCCUCAAUCGACUCCAUCGAUGCCGCAUCCACCUCUACAAGCUCCCGCUUAGAAACGAACGUCGAAGUGAUCCCCGGCCCAUCUUCCGAGCCAAUCAACGAACAGGCCUCAACACCAGGCGCUUCCCCAUUGGCCGAAAUCGUCUCAAAAGUUAGCACCCCAGAGGCGGUUGUUUCCGUACCGGUAUCACCCGCCGUAGCGCAGAAGUGAAGCAGCGGCAAGUCAAAAUGAGGUUUUACUUGAUUGAUUAUUAGGGGGUGCGGUCUAUCACGGUAUUAUGCCUGUCUUGAAACACAGUGGGAAGGAAAGUAAGAUCGAAUGUCAUUACUAGUUUUCAUAUAACAUAUUUUAACAUAGCCUAAAAAGCUUCUAUAUGUACGAGGGUUGAUGCUUUUGUUCCCCUUGCAAAAAAAACUACAUUUCACUUAUUUUUCUACAUAAUCCCUGCUACACUUGUUCAGUCAGCGGAUGCCACCUGUUGAUUAUUUGAAAAUCUGUUUCGUUGUAAACGUUCUGAUGAAUAAGGUGGGUAAUGUACCAGUUCAAAACCUGGUGCAGAGUUGCAGUGCGGGAGAUAUGGUUGGAAUUGCAAAGUCUAAAUGUUAAUGCGUGAUGUAUGCAGUUUAAUUUCUUCAAAACUCUUUCAAGCUUCGUGAUGAAACUGUAUACUAGUAGCUUUGCUAGUGGUUUCUCGCAAUUUUCUGGCUUAUGUGUGGCAAUGACAGUCCAAGAUGCGCUGUUGCCACUGUGCAUAAUACUGUAAGAUAGAUAGUGCUCCUAUAGGUUCUCUUACAAAUACAACAUAAAGCUGUGUUUUUAGCAGUGUACCUGUUAUUUUCAUUUCCUAUGGUACUGAAUUUAAGGCUUCUUUAAUUUUGUUACCGAACAUUCAAAUGUGGGAAAUUUCUCGACAUAUUUAUUUGAUCUGUAUUUCAUAUAAAACUUUUGUUCAGGUAAAUUUUGUUUCUCUUAAUGUUAUCCAAUGGACCUUGAGUCUCCAUCGUAUUCUUACAUUUUCAAUCGUCUAGUAACCAGUUAUACUUGCAAGUUGUGUCUUUGUUAAGAGUGUGAAUUUUAUUUAUCUCUGUUGUGUGAUUCUAUUACAAAUAUUUGUUUGCAAUUUUAUCUUGUUUCUGUACUAAUUUUCAGCUUUAUGGUGCUUAUUGGCAGUAUUUCAUAGUUCAAAAUAUAGUGCCGCCACAUCUGAUUAUCCACUGAAUUAUAUAUAAAAUGAAAAAAAAACAAGAAAUGAACAUGUAUCAAAAGUAUUUGAUGUCGACUGACAUCAGGGAUUCCUAUGUUGAAUCUAGAAGCACUGCAAAUGUAUAAAGUUUGUUGAAGUGUUCAAUCAGAUGAUGAAGAGUUCCAAGUAAAAUCACUAUAACUUGCACGACUAUUUGAAGUACAUUUCGAUGUUGAAUACAGCACACAAAGUUGACUUCACUUCUGUUUGAAUAUCCAGUGUUGAGGCUAAUUUAAUUUUUUUCAUUCUCUUACAUAUUCUCUCAAAUUCUUUUGAUUGCGCAAUAACAUCUGUUCAUAAUUUCGCACAAUUUCAGACUAUUCGUCAAAAAUAACAUUGUGAAGAGUAAAACCUGAUUAUUAUUGACACCUUCUACAUGUUGCGCUGCUUGACUUCACAAACUGUUAAUACUUAAAUGUAUAAUUAACCAGUAGUUAUAAUAGUAUGUUGUUCUCUCUUUUCCCAUAAAAAUCUUAAAACUAUAGUUAUAUCAAGUUUAGGAAAUACCAUGUAUGAUCAUAGUAUAGUUGAGAGGUACUUAGUAUUACUAUUUAAAUAGUGAAUGAAAAAUAUAAGUAAGUCCGUCGUACCUGGUGUAUACUGACGGUACUUAUGAAAUGUAUUUUUUAUUUAUUUUCUUACUUGAUGCUUUACUAUUGACGUUUUGUACAGUUUUAAUUCGGUUUCUACCACACUUAAUCUGUGUACACGUUCUAUUG